AUGAAGUAUAAUGAAAAAAGCUUGAUUUUCUAACAAUUUAAAUAAAAAUUUAAGUAGAAUCCUCUUACAUGGGAUAAGUUUUAAACCCAAUAAUUUUUAUUCUUUGCAAAUAUUAGAUUUGCAGCUGAGUAAUUUCAACAAAAGAACUUAACUCUUAUAAAGUUUUUAGAUUUAUUUGAUCAUUAUACAAUAGAUAUUAUUUAUUCUUAGGUUUUAUCUUUCAAAAAUUAAGUACUGUAAAGGAUGUUGUUUAACAAAUGGCUGCUAUUAAUUAUUGAAUACACCAUCUAAUUAGAAGAAAAUUAACCUUAGUCAAAUUAAUCUAUUGCUUCUUAAGGUCCUUAAAAUAAUUCUUUUGAUAAUCUGCAGCAUGUCAAAGAUGAAAAAAAUAUUACUAUUUCGAUUGGAGCUUUGAGCUUAAAUUAGUUGUAACUUGAACAAAGGCCUGUUAACUAAUAACUCACCAAAAUUUUAAAUAUAAUUAUACAAGAUUAGUUGAUUACAACCAAGUAAAAUACAAACAUUCCAGAAGAGAGAGAAGAUGAAUUCGAAGAUGAUUCAAUAGAAGGAGAUGAAGAAGAUAAUGAAAGCGAUGAUGAAUAAGAAGAGGAAAUUAAUCACCAAAAUAGAUAAAGCGGAGAAGAAGAUGAAUAAUAGUGUCUUGCUUUAAAAAAGUAGAUUUAAGAGAACAAUCAAAAUAAUUUAUAACCUUCUUAUGCCUAAAGCGAAUUAAAAAGUAUGCAAAAUAUAAAAUUAAAUUAAGAUAGAAGCAACUAAGAUUAAAAUGAACAAUUUCAUAAAGAGUAAGAAACAAAAACACACUGCAGCUCACAAAAAUCAAUUAGUUAGACUUAACGAAAGUAAAGUUUACAUUUAGAACAAAAAGAUAAUAUUAUAAAUACUAGCCAUGGUAGAAGUUUUAAGGAAGAUGAUAUUGAGUACCUUAAAUUGUAAAAUAGUUAAAGUUAAGAAAAAAUAGAAAUUCUUCAAAGUCAAAACCAUUAAUUACAAGAAUAAUCCAUUUAGAAUGUGAACAGUUAAAUUGAGUGUACUAACUCUCAAACUUUAUAAAAAUAGUCUAGUAUAAUAAAUAGAUAAAUAUAGUCCUAAAAAUGCAAUCCUUCUGAGUUUUAAGAUGACUGCUCUUAAACCUCUAAUCCUUAAAUAGAAAUGAAAAAAAAAAGUUCUGAUUAAUGCACAGAUGUUAAUUUAGCCAAUAAUUCUAAAGAUGAUGAAGUUAACGGAUCUUCUAAAAACAUAAAAAGAAAGAGCGUGGAUAAAAGCAGAAAAAAGAGAGAUUCCCUUGAUGGACCCAAAAACAAAAAUGAAAACAGCCACAGUAAGAGAUAAACAAAAGUAAGUCAUGCUCACAAAAUGGAUGAAUAAAUGAAAUAAAAAAUAUAAGAAGAAGCCUAGAAAAUUUGCAAAUUUUUUGAUGAUAAGCAGCUAAUUUAAUGGGAAAAAAAUGAAUUACUGAGUAUAGUAAAUAAAUUCAAAUAAUUUUCAGAUAUAGAAGAAAUAUUAGAAAAAUAUCAAAUAGAUGGUUUUAUUUUAUUUACCAUUAUUAAUGAAGAUCUUUAGUUGCAUGACAUAGUGAAAAUCCUUAGUAUUACUUUCACCUAAGCAUCCAAAUUAAAAAAUUUCAUACAAAUUUUAGAACCUAUAAGAUAGUAACAAGUGGCUAGAAUUAAUUAUAUCAAGAGAGUUAAGAAACUCCAUCACUCUAGCUCUAUAGAAACUGAAAAUAUUACUCAAAAUGUAUCACCUUAAAAUUUAAAUAGAAGUAAUAAUAAUUCAAAUUAGCUGAGCAACAGCAGAUAACUUUCAAAUCCAGGAAUUUCAUCUAGUGUUGGGAUUAAAUCCUAAAAAAAUCAAUGCAUAUAAAAUACAUUCGAUUAGUUAUAAGAUUUCUAAGAGUAUGAUGACUAAAAAGUAUCUGUUAAUAAAGUUUUAAAAAGUAGUUACUGUUACAACACUAAUCCUAAUCUUCAAUAUGGUUCUUCCUAAAUGACAUUCGAGAUUUAAACAAGAGAUAAGCUAUUAAGCUCAACUUCUGAUUAAGAUAAUUAAAAUUUUUUGGCAUCAGCAGAGUAAUAAAAAAAUCCAAUGCAAAUAUCUUAAGAUAAGAAUCAAUCAAAUUAUACUAUUUUAUUUAGUGAUUCCUAAACAAAUUUAAACUUAUCAAAAAGUAAGAGUCCUAGCUAAAAUAGACUAAUUAGGACAGCUUUCAUAGGUUAUAACUCAAAUUAAAAUAAAGCAAGCCUAGGAUUGUCUUAGCACUUUAACUCUGAAGAAAACUAAACAAGCUUUGAUGAAAGAAGAAAUAUAAGCAGUUAGCCAACAUUAGGAACGUCGUUUCAUUUUGAAAAGAAUACAUAAGGAAAUACUGAUUAAAUAAGCAAAGAAUCCAAAUCUCUCAUCUAAAAAAGUUUAAUUAACUCUGAGUAUAUAUAAGGAAUAACUCCAAAUAUAGGUAGGUAACAUGAAUUAAUUUAAUAAAAUAAAUAAAAUUCUCAUAUCCUAUUAAACAAUGAGCUGUACCCCUCAAAGAGUACAUAGUUACUGUAGAGUAUGAACUAAAAUAAUUUAAUUAACUAAAGGAUUGAUAUGCCUUUAAACAAUUUUACAAAUAAUUCUAAUAUUUUAAAAGAAGCUGAGGUAUAUAGCUAGCAAGAUUAGCCAAAUAAAAAUAUGCAAGAAAAUAAUCUUGGAAAUUCUGCUUAUAUUGAACAACCUCUAGGAAUGUCUUAAAAAGUAGAGAAACAAUCAAUUUAAUAACAAUAAGAAGGAAAUUAAGAGGACUCUCGUCGUUUAAGAAAAGUUAGUAGUAAUAAUACUCUAUUUUAAAGUAAUGAUUAAUAACAUCUAAGUUAGAUUUUAAACAAUAACUUAAGCAAUUAAAACUUGAGUGCAAGCUAGCCUUAAACUAAUUUUAUUAAUUAGUCAAAUUAUUUCACUCAAUCAGAUAAUUUUGAUAAAUCUGUUAAAAUAAAAGGAAUUAUGAAAGUUUAAUUUUAAGAGAGCUAAGGAAGUUUUUAAAUGCAGUAGCAAUAGCAAUAAAGAAAUAACAUCUAAUAAAAUAGCUAACUUGUAAUUCAAAGUAGUUAAAGCAUCAACAGCUUGAACUCUCCAAACAUAAACUAUUAAAAUGCAUAGAAUUUAAAUACUAAUGAAGCUGAAAUUAAUUAAUUAGACUAGUAGCAAAUUCUACAAAAUAAACAACCAUUUACAUUUUAAUAAAAUCCACAUAAUCAAAAUUUUUUUCCGUUUGCAAACCAAUAUAAUAAUUAAAUAAUAUAAUAAACAACUAACAAUAAUGAUUUGUGUUAACUUAAAUUUUUGCCAGAAUAAAUUAUUGAGAAUAUUUAGAUUUAAUAAUAAAAUAUUAAUUAAUGUUAAUAAGAAUAAAAUAUCUAAGAAAAUUUAUAAAACCAAUAGUAAAUAAAUAUUCAUUAGUAGCAACAACAAAAUCUUCAAGAUAAUUUUUAGUAAUAAAACUACUAACAAAAUUUAAAUCUAUUUCAUGGAAACCAAAUGGGUUCAAAUCCUCCAAAUCAUUUUGCUGAAAAUAUUAAUAACAACUUUUUUAUUCAUAAUUAAUAAUUAAAUACGAUAUAAAAUGAAUAGCCAUAACUUCCUUAAAAUGGUGCUUAAUUUGCAUUUAACUAUGGAAAUUCAAUCCCUGCUUUUAAAUACGGAUAGAGUAUUAAUUAAAGAGUUUAAAUUAAUAAUGGGUAAGGUGAUUUGAGUGGUAGAUAAGAAAAUCUUAACAACUUUCCAAUACAAUUUUAAUAAUAAGAUACACAAAUUUAAUAACAACAAGAAAAUUUUUAAAAUUAAAUUUAUUAAUGUAAUAAUCAAAAUAAUAUUGGAGGCUCAGCCUAUCAACAAACUCAAUAAGCUCCAUUUAAUCAAGGUUGCUCUUUUAUAUGUCAUGUAAACACAGGAUAAUAAUUAAAUUAAGCAAAUGCUUCCAAUAAUUAAAAUGCAUUCCAUAAUAAUAUGAUAGGUAAUUCUAUAUCCUUUUAGUAAUACCCUAAUUAACCCUAACAAUUUGUACCAACUCAAUAGUAGUAUUUAAAUAAUCAGUGCUAUAAUCAAUUCUAAAACGAAAAUAUCUAAGCUAAUUAAUAUUAAAAUAUGUAUUAAUAAGGUAAUUCUUAUUACUUUUAAGAUUAAAAAUCUCAAUAAAGUUAGCAUAAUUAAUAACAAAAUAAUUUUGGUAAUUCUUUUAUUGCAAAUAGCAAUUAGGUUGGAUAAAGUCAUCAACAACAUCAAAAUUUUGGUUUUUAUAACGUUAAUAAUUAAUAAUUUAUCAAUUAACCGUACAACUAUUAACAAAAUGACCAGAAUUAACUCUUUUAAAACAAUAAUUUAAACUAGUAAUAAAAUAAUAUUCACGAUAUCUUAGACAGUAAUAUUCCUAUGAAACUCCCAAGUAUUUUUAAAAUGAAUACAGCAAAUGAUGACCUUUUAAAAUCUUCAGAUAUCCCUUAAGAAUCUAUUAUUGAUCAUACAGCACUUAACAUAAUUAAAGAUUUAAGUUAGCAAGAAGCGAUGAAUUAGAGUUAAUAAAACCAGAUGUUGCUUAAAUAUCAAUCAAAAAAUAAUUAAAUUUUAAAGUACACAUAUAAUUUACCUUUUAAUCCAUUUAAAUUUGAUAUUAUCCCAAUGAUGAGAGUUGAAGUUAGUACGAGGUAUUCAAGCUAGAAAAAUUUAAGUUAUUCAUUUCACUCAGAAGGAGCUACUAUAGGUAGGAUAAGCACUAACACCAUUAGCUUUUAAGAUGAGCUAUAAAUAAGUGCUUCUCAUGCCAUAAUUUUCUACAAAAAAGGAGAAUUUUUUAUUUAAGACAUAAAAAGUAAAGCAGGAACUUUUAUUAAAAUCAAAAGCAUCCCAAUUUCAGCAGAUUUAAUUUUAAAGCUAGGAGAAGUAGAAAUUAAAAUAGUUAAAAUAGAGAAUAAUGUUGUAACAAUAAAAGUGAAUGGAAGUAACAAACUAGCUAAUUUAAAUAGAUAGCAAUCCUAUAAGGUUGGGAGGUGCUCUUUAAGAUGUCCUAUAGCUUUAUAAGAUUCAGGAAAUACUAUUAGCAAUGUUCACGGAGAAAUUCAUUUUAAUGAAAACAAAUAAAUUUGUUUUACAGAUCUAAAUAGUGCUAAUGGCACCUGGCUCAGGCUAAGUGCAAAAGGAUAAAGAAGCAGUGAAUAUAAACUUCAUUUGAACGACUAGAUAAUGAUUUCAAAUACAAGACAAAUUGUAGUGAAAGAGCUAAUUGGAUGA